GGCGGCACCAUGCAGCCGGAGGCGGAGGGCGGCCGGGCGCGCCGCAGGAAGCCCGACAUGGCGCUCUACGUGCCCAAAGCGCGGCGGGAGAGAGCGGCGCAGGAGGCGGCUGCGAACCACCGGGAGCCUGAGAAGCAGCGCCCGGCGCUGGACGUCGGCCGGGGCGGCUCCGAGGGGCAGAGGCGAAGCCCCGGGGCCAGGACGCACGUGGGCAGAGCAGCCGGCAGAGAGAGCAAGGCGGGCGCUCGCCCCAAGGAGCCCCGGGCAGCCUCCGCCGGGGAUGGAAGGGUACCAGGUGCGCACAGCCGGGGCUCCAGGGCUGGCACGGAGCCGGGAGGCAGCCCGGAGAACACGAGGGCAUUGCCCAGUGUGCAGGAGCCAAGCCUGGAUCUGAGCGCUGCCCAGCCCUCGGACAGGCAGGGCAAUGCAUCACAGGACGCAGGGCUCAGGGACCGAAGCUGUGGGGUGCUGCGGACGGUGCCGGACCCGCUGUCCCCGCAAGGUGCCCAGCCUGGGGAUGCGGGGGUGACCCCUGAGCCUGGGGGUGACCCCGAUAGCCCAACGGCAGCUCCGCCGAGCGUGGUGUGUCGGACAGAGCCAGGCGGGUCGGAGCAUCUGGGGGACAGCACCCCGGGUCCGGGCAGGGACCUCUCGGGGUGCCCGGCACAGGGUGCCCUGCAGCCGGCAGGGGAGGGCAGCACGGGCAGCACUACCCAGCUCAGCUGCAAGGGUGCAGGUCUGGACGCCCAGGAGGAGGAGAAAAAGGAGCGUGGGGUGUCUCUCCUCGCAGGGCAGAGCGAGGGCUGUGCCCCCAGGGCCACAGGGGAGGAGGAGGGGAGGCAGGGAGGCAGCACCGUGGCUGCCCCAGGAGGAGCUGCCUGCGAAGCUGGGUGCUCAAGGGGGGGCGUGGGUGACGGAUUGGUGCCACUGGGGCAGGCUGCAGGCAGCACAUCCCAGCUCCUGCCGGAGCACACAGGGCAGCUGCCGCCUGGCAAGGAGCAGAGCUCUGCCGGUGCCGGGCGUGCCGGUGGGGAGGGAGUCCCUGCGCCCCAUGGCAGCACCGGGGCUGGGAGCAGCCCACCAGGGGCGGAGAGUGGCACUGGGGAAGGGGCUCCCCCGGGAAGCCCCGAAGCCCCGCCGUCCCUGGAGCUGCUGUGCUGCGCUGUGGAGCGGCUCUCGCCCGGGACCGGGGCUGAGGAGCGGGCGCAGGCGGAUGAGGACGAAGACUCGCUGCAGCAGCACCGGGAGGAAGAGGAGGAAGAGGAGGGAGGUCUCCGUAGCAGCUCCCCAAAGCCAGGGCCCGCCAGCACCGAGACCCAGAGCCGCGGCAGCCCGGGCGGCGAGGAGAGCUGGGACGCGCUCUUCAACGAUGACGGGGACUGCCUGGACCCACGCCUGCUGGAAGAGCUCUCGGGGGGCGAGAAGCGCCGGCAGAGCCUGCAGGAGCCCCGCUUCGACUACUACGGGGCCGAGCCGGCCGCGCCGGACCUCAGCGAUGCCGAGCUGCCCCACGUCAUCGAGAUCUACGACUUCCCCCCGGAUUUCCGCACCGAGGACCUGCUGCGUGUCUUCUGCAGCUAUCAGAAGAAGGGCUUUGACAUCAAGUGGGUGGACGAUACGCACGCCCUGGGCAUCUUCUCCAGCCCCAUAACAGCACGCGACGCCCUCAGCACCAAGCACCUGAUGGUGAAGACUCGCCCGCUGUCCCAGGGCACCCGCGCGGCCAAAGCCAAGGCCAGGGCGUAUGCUGACUACCUGCAGCCGGCCAAGGAGCGCCCCGAAACGUCGGCCGCCCUGGCACGGCGCCUGGUGAUCGGCGCCCUGGGGGUGCGCAGCCCCCAGACCCCUGCCCAGCGGGACGCCGAGCGCAAGAAGCUGCAGGAGGCUCGGGAGAGGAAGCGGCUGGAGAACAAGCAGCGGGAGGAUGCCUGGGAAGGCCGGGAGUGAGCUGCCUUCGCUUUCAGCCCUGCUGGAGGUGCUGCCGGGGGCCUGAGCCCCUCUCUGCGGGCAGGCAGGGCACCGGCACCUGGCGAUGGAGCUGGGCCUGCCGCUGCCCCGUGGGAUCUGUGCAGGAUGGUGCUGGGGCACGGCCACGGGGUGCUCGAGGGCUCUUUGGGGCCGUGCAAGCGCUGACCCCGUUGGGUGCCGUCAGCCGGUGCUGCCCGUCCUGCCGGCGCAGGCUCCCCUGGUGCUGUGGUGGCAGCCAGCGGGACGCGGGGAGCUCGGCGGCGACAGCGCCGGCCACACAUUGCGGGUCAGCCAUGGCCACGCUGGGCCUUGUGAACGAGAGUGUCUUUAUUUUGCUAAUAAAUACCAUUUAUUUUGCC